AUGCUUGCAAACGCAUCGAUAUCCAUAACCAAGCAACAUCUUGAGUUUUUGAACAAGCGGUUGGCAAAGUUAUCUCCGCAGGACCUCAUAAAGUGGGCGUACUACACGUUCCCCAACUUGUACCAGACUACCGCGUUUGGAUUGACGGGAUUGGCCAUUUCCGACAUGAUUUCCAAGCUAGGCUGUGACAUUGACCUCAUCUUUCUCGAUACAUUGUACCAUUUCCCCCAGACGUAUGACUUGCUCGAGCGUGUGCAGCUCCGCUACCCAACCUCCCGCGUCAACGUUUUCAAGCCCCAGAAUGUCAACACAGAGCAGGAAUUUGUGGCCAAGUACGGUGACCAGCUAUGGGAGACCGAUGACCAAUACUACGACUACUUGGUGAAGGUGGAGCCCAGUCAACGAGCAUAUAAGCAAUUGCAAGUCAAUGCAGUGUUGACGGGCCGCAGAAAGUCUCAAGGCGGAGCCCGAUCUCAGCUCGCGAUUUUGGAGUUGGACGAAGCUAACGGGAUAAUCAAGAUCAACCCAUUGUGGAACUGGGACUUUAAGCAAGUGAAGCAGUAUAUCGACGACAAUAACGUGCCCUUCAACGAAUUGUUGAAUCUAGGCUACAAAUCGGUGGGCGACUGGCACUCGACGGUGCCCGUGGCCGAAGGCGAGGACGAAAGGUCUGGAAGAUGGAAGGAUAAAGUCAAGACCGAGUGUGGUAUCCAUAUUGCAAAGGACUUCACUCAUUACACCAUCAAAGAGACUUCAGUUGCAAAAGCUAUAUAG